AUGUCUAAAAUAAAUCCUGUUGUACUUUCUGAUAUUGAAACUAUUUUUGAUAAUGAAACAAUAUCAGAAAAUGAAUCUUAUAAAUUAUUAGAUAAACAGAAUGAUAAUGAAAGUAAACAAAUAGCCUUUUUUACAAGAAAUCUUUUAGUUACAGAGAUUAUACAUUUAGCUUUUCCUAUCGAAUAUUUAAAAACUUCACCACAAGAUGUAGCUACUAUUUUCAAUAUUUCUGAUUGGUCAAAUCCAAUA